GCAAGCGGAGGACGACCUUCUUCCGGUUCCGGCCUAGAGAACGCUCUUGAGGAGACAUGAAACUGCUCACCCACAAUCUACUGAGCUCGCAUGUGCGGGGGGUGGGGCCCCGUGGCUUCCCCCUGCGCCUCCAGGCCACGGAGGUCCGCAUCUGCCCCGUGGAGUUCAACCCCCAAUUCGUGGCGCGUAUGAUACCCAAGGUGGAGUGGGCGGCGUUCCUGGAGGCGGCCGAUAACUUGCGCCUGAUCCAGGUGCCUAAAGAGCCGGUUGAGGGGUACGAGGAGAAUGAAGAGUUUCUGAGGACCAUGCACCACCUGCUGCUGGAGGUGGAAGUGGUGGAGGGCACCCUGCAGUGCCCGGAGUCUGGACGUAUGUUCCCCAUCAGCCGCGGGAUCCCCAACAUGCUGCUGAGUGAAGACGACUCUGAGAGUUGAUUGUGCCAGGCGCCAGUUUUUCUUGUUAUGACCGUGUGUAUUUUUGUUGUGUAUCCCCAACCCUUGACUCAGUAACACACCGAACACACAGUGUUCUUGAGCUCCAUAGUAUAUAUUUUUUUCUCAUUAAAGGUUCAAAACCAAAA